AUGUCCAACACCGAGGCCAGUAGAACGUAUGAAGCUAUAGUAGAAGCUGUAAUUAAUGAAGUUAGAGAGGAUUUUGAAAAUGCAGGUAUAGAUGAACAGACAUUACAAGAUUUGAAGAGAAAUUGGCAAAUUAAAUUAUCUGAAACAAAAGUUACACAAUUCACAUGGGAUUCUGCAUACAACGAUGGCGAUACUGUAAAUCAAUCAGUUGCUGCACCAACAGAAACAUCUACAGCAGCAACACCAUUAACAUUAACAAAUAAUAAUAGUAAUAAUAACGAAGGAAUAACAUCAGCAGAAGGUGUUUCUCAAGAUGAUAAUAAUAAUAAUAAUAUUUCUACUGCUGAUGCUACAGACGCUCCUACUACUACUACUACAACAGUUAAGUCUGAGAAUGGGAAUGAACAAGAACUGAUGCCGUUGUUUGAAGGAAAUAAUAGCCAACCUGAAAUUAAGGAAGAGAAUGAAAGUAAUGGAACAGAAAAGACCCUUCCAACACCACAGACUGAUAUUAGUAAUAGCAAUAAUAAUAAAGAACAAGAUGACACAAAUAAUAUAGAGUCUCCAGAUAAGGAAACAGAAGAAACGAAUAAAUCGACGGAGAUAGAAUUGGAAAUUGACGAUCCUAAUGGCAGUGCAGCCGACCAGGUACGAUUACAAGCCAAGAAAGCCAAGAGAAGUGCGCUGUUGGAUACUGAUGAAGUUGGUUCUGAACUUGAUGAUUCAGAUGACGAUUACCUGAUCUCAGAAGGUGAAGAUGAUGGACCAGAUGAAAAUUUAAUGCUAUGUUUAUACGAUAAAGUGACAAGAACGAAAGCUAGGUGGAAGUGUUCUUUGAAGGACGGUGUUGUAACAAUAAAUCAUAAAGAUUACACUUUCCAGAAAGCCCAAGUUGAGGCAGAAUGGGUUUAA